GAACGCUGUAUCGUUACGUGUUUCCAGCCGGUGAGAGUUACAGCGAGCACUGGUCUCAUCAUGUCGAGGCACCUUCGCUUCAUCGCGCGGACCGUGAUGGUCGAAGGCGGCAACAUUGAUGCGGCGUACAAUAAUUUAAACAGGGUCUUGACCCAGGAAGGGAUUAUUGAUACAGUGAAGCGCAAGCGCUACUACGAGAAGCCCUGCCGAGAGCGCCAGAGGAAGAACUUUGAGAGCUGCAGGCGGAUCUACCACAUGGAAAUGGCUAGAAAACUCGCCUUCAUCUCCAGGACGGAUAGAAAUGAUCCCUGGGUGGGCUGCUAGUGAAAGGGAUUGUGAUGAAAAGGAACGUGAACAAUGGACUGGUUGAGUCAGGGCCAGCAAAAUGGAAGAAGCUGAGAGCAACACUGUGUCACUGUCGCAUCUAUACAGUAAAAGGAAGAAAACAGAUUUAGACACACUUAUAUUGUCAUGCCAACUAUGGACAGUUUUCUUUUUGCUUGUACUUGGAUGAAAAGUCGUGGUUGUAUCUAACAGGUUCAUGGAUUUUGGCUGAUGACAUUUUGUGUUUUGAAUUUUCCCACCAAAUCUUACUAAUGAAGAAGCUAAUAAAUUGUGACAUUUUCUGAAAAAACUUAA